AUGGCUGAGGCCAGACUGGCACUGCCCAAGGUGACCCGAGCCGGCAUGCCCACCGGAGGAAUAGGGGCUGGCAGCAUAAGGCCAGCCGAGCUGCAGAUGGACCCACGCAGUCUGCCCGGUGCCACGUACCAGCUGCAACAACACCAACAACAGCCAAGGACAAAAACGCCCACCUUGCCCCAGCAGCAGCAGCAGCAUCACAUGCAGGUGGACGUGUCGACUCAGGUGGACCUCCACGAUACAUCGUCGCUGCAGCGCGGUACAACGCCGCUUUACUCUCGCGAGGACAUCAAAGAGCAGUACUGCAUAACCAGCCGCCAGCUGGACGCCGUGGACAAGUCGGGCAGUGGUAUAUUCGGCUGCCUAACGAGCCGCGGACCCUCACCCUGCAGCGCAUCUGCCAAGGCUUCCAUCCUCUCGGCUUGCGUCCGCAGUGCCCCGAGCGAGGAGAACCUCUUCGACGCGCCCUACCCCUACCCCUACCACAAGCGCGUGCCAGCCCCGUCAACCCUCUCGGCUCGCGCAAUGAUGAUGCCCCCCGUUGUGUAUCAACCACCCUACUCGACCUACCCCCGGCAGGUGGCCUUCACGCGCUACCACUAUCCUCUGAGCAGCUAUCCAGGUUACGACGAGGACGACUGGUUAGACAGUUCCUACAUUCCACGCCGGCUCAAGAGUAGUCUAGCCACUUUCUCGGAUUCCAAGAGUACGGAUACAAGUGUUGGAGUAGAAUUUAAUAUGAGAAGCCAUUCGAACCUACCAAGGCUCAUCUCGUUUUAG